CUCUACUCAAAAUUUUGGAAAUUCAAUAAUCCCAUCCUCAACAUACCCACAUUGUAUCCAAUAUUUCCCCCCUCCCUCCCAUUGUUAAAUGGCAGUGAGGCUCUUAUAACCAAAUAAAUUCUCUAGUCAAUCAAUAAUCCUGAUCAAACAUGAACGACCUUUUCUCAACGGCCUCCUUCAAGCGCUACACGGACCUCAAAGAGCAGGUCCGCCUCGACGAGAUGGAGACCGGCACCUCCACUGCGGGCCCCGCCCACGAGACCGUCAACCUCGAGAAAUUCUUCGAGGACGUCGAGAACGUGAAAGAGGACCUCAAGUCUCUCGAACAGCUCCACAAGCACCUCCAAGACCUCAACGAGGAGACGAAACUCGCGCACAACGCCAACACUGUGAAAGACCUCAGAUCGCGGAUGGACCGUGAUGUGGAGCAAGUACUACGAAAGGCAAAAGUUGUGAAAGGAAAGCUUGAAGCUCUUGAUAAGUCGAACGCGGCGAACCGGAAAAUUCCUGGGUGUGGGCCGGGGAGCUCGGCGGAUCGAACUCGUACAUCUGUGGUAGGUGGUCUUGGUAAAAAGCUGAAAGAUUUGAUGGAUGCGUUUCAGAGCUUGAGAGCCAAAAUGGCGGCGGAAUACAAAGAGACUGUAGGAAGACGGUAUUUCACGGUAACCGGAAAGCAACCCGAUGACGAUACAGUUGAGGCCAUGAUAUCCUCCGGUGAGAGCGAGAACUUCUUACAAAAAGCAAUCGAGGAGCAAGGUCGCGGACAGGUGAUGGACACGAUAAUGGAGAUUCAAGAACGGCACGACGCAGUGAAGGAGAUAGAGAAGAGCUUGAUGGACCUGCAUCAGGUUUUCUUGGACAUGGCGGCGCUGGUCGAGGCUCAGGGACACCAGUUGAACGAUAUCGAGAGUCACGUGGCGCACGCGAGCUCGUUUGUGAGGAAGGGGACGGUGGAGCUGGAGACGGCCAGGGAGUAUCAGAAGAGCUCGAGGAAGUGGGCGUGUUUGGCCGUGCUGCUUGUGAUUGUAAUUAUCAUUGUGGCGCUUGUGCCUCUGCUUAUUAAUUUAGGGGUCAUACAUUUUUGAGGUUCGAAAAUUGAAUGUUCCAAGUGAGAGAGGGUUGACAUUGACAACGUG